AUGUCACCUAGUCAACAAGCUCAAGAUCUGCUAAACAGCAAGUUGAAAGAGGCAGAACCCGAGCACUGUCCUGGUCCAGAAUCUGAGAUUGCAGGUAAAGAUGACGCAUGCAAGGGAUGUGCAAAUCAGGAGAUUUGCUCUUCACAAAUACCGAAAGGACCUGAUCCAGAUAUACCUUUAAUCAACAAUAGAUUAUGUAAUAUCCAACAUAAGAUACUAAUUCUCUCAGGAAAAGGUGGUGUUGGUAAAUCAACAUUCACAUCCAUGCUUGCAUGGGCUAUAGCAGCAGAUGAAGAUUUGGAAGUUGGUGCGAUGGAUUUAGAUAUAUGCGGUCCAUCACUACCGCGUAUGUUGGGAGCAGGUGAGAAUGAAAGUAUUCAUCAGUCAAAUAGUGGAUGGAGUCCCGUCUUUGUUGCUGACAACUUAGGACUAAUGAGUAUCUCCUUCAUGCUUCCAGACAGUGACCUUGCAAUAAUAUGGCGAGGGGCAAAAAAGAAUGGUCUAAUAAAGCAAUUUUUGAAGGAUGUGGAUUGGGGUGAGCAUUUAGACUACCUAUUAGUGGACACUCCACCAGGUACAAGUGAUGAGCAUCUAUCAGUCACUUCAUUAAUGAAAGAGGUUGGUAUUGAUGGUGCAUUAAUCGUAACAACGCCUCAAGAAGUGGCUUUGCUAGAUGUACGGAAAGAGAUUGAUUUCUGCCGAAAGGCAAACAUUAAAAUCUUGGGGUUGGUUGAGAACAUGUCUGGAUUUGUAUGUCCAAAUUGUCAAGGAAAGAGUCAAAUAUUCAAAGCUACUACUGGUGGUGGUGAAAAUUUGUGCAAAGAAUUAGGUAUAGAUUUCUUAGGGUCAGUUCCUUUGGAUCCUCGCAUAGGUAGGGCUUGUGAUGAGGGAGUAUCAUUUUUUGACUUGUACCCCGAUUCCCCCGCUUCUACAGCUAUCUUGGAUGUCGUUGAUGCUUUGCGGGAUAAAGUUGAGUUGAACAUGAACGGUUUAAAGUUGGAAUAA